AGAAAGCCUGGGCGGACAGUGGCGGGUAGGAGUGGCCGCGGAGGUUGCAGUGACUGGCCGACUCCCAGUCGGCGGCUUGCGGCAGCGUCGACACUUCCUGUCAGCCGCUCGAUCAGAGCAGAGCCGAAGCGAGGGCGAAGGAGGCGAGACGCGGAGUGGAGCGGGAUGGCAGAGAACAGCUCCGAGACAAGCGGCUCCGUUCACCGGAGAUGUCCGACCCAUGCUUCCCCGGGGGUCGGAGCCUCCAAGUGGAUCCGGCUGAAUGUCGGAGGGACGUAUUUUUUAACAACGAGGCAGACGCUGUGCCGAGACCCGAAAUCCUUUCUGUUCAGGCUGAGCCAGGCUGAUCCGGAGCUCGAUUCCGACAAGGAUGAAACUGGUGCCUAUCUGAUCGACAGAGACCCCACGUACUUUGGGCCGGUGCUGAACUACCUGAGGCAUGGAAAACUGGUGCUCAACCGGGACUUGGCAGAGGAAGGAGUUUUGGAGGAAGCCGAGUUCUACAACAUCACAUCAUUAAUAAAACUCAUCAAGGACAAGAUCAGGGAACGGGACUGCAAAACAUCACAGGUUCCGGUGAAGCACGUGUACCGGGUUCUGCAGUGCCAGGAGGAGGAGCUGACCCAGAUGGUGUCCACCAUGUCUGACGGCUGGAAGUUCGAGCAGCUUGUCAGUAUAGGUUACGGGCGGGCCCACCAGGCAGAGUAUCUGCUGAUUGUGUCAAGGGAGGUGAAGGGAGAGGAGUCUGCUUUGCCAAACAACAGCGGAGAGCUCGUCAGCAUCGGCUCCUCCUAUAACUAUGGAAACGAAGACCAGGCCGAGUUCCUGUGCGUGGUUUCCAAGGAGCUGCACAACCAGUCGUACGGGACCAACAGCGAGCCCAGCGAGAAGGCCAAGAUUCUCCAGGAACGAGGAUCCCGGAUGUGAGGCGGACUCAGUAUUAGGGGCUCCAGGUGUUUCAUCCAGACGUAUCAUAUCUGUGGAAGAGCGUUGAGCACAAACAGAGUUUUUGGGGGGCGGUGUGCAUUUAUUCGUCUUCCCUCCACUUCUUUUGUUUUUAUUUCUUGAUGUAAAUAAGUCUGUUUACUGACAAGUCGUGCCUGUACAUUUAAACUGGACCUUUUUGCUUUUUUUCAAUUGGCGGCAAGUAUUUUUUCUUUACUGUUUUCUUAUCUGAAAGUGAGGAAUUGUAAUCGACUGUUUUAUGCUAUAAAAAAUGGCCGCCAUCAUUUAGGGCCAACGAGUCACUCAGGGUCAUCUGAUGAGUUUCUGUCUUUCACCUGGAGGCUCCAGUAAGGGAUCAGUUUGGUUCUUAACACCAAGUAUGACAGGAAAUGAAUGCUUGGAGGGUCAAGAAGGGAAUUUUGAACCAUAAAGAGCUCAACAGUUCAGCCUGUUGGACGCUAAUCAAACGUUUAUCCAAAGAUCUCAACUCUUAGUCUGAGCUCACCGGGUCCCAGGGAUUAUUAUUCCACUCAUUAUGAUUAUCAAUAUGAAGAAGACGAAGGCGUCGCUGUGAUGUGGCUGCGUAGGUAAAGGGGCAUUACACCUAAAGCUCCCCUCUUACAUCAGGAUCUCCACAGGUUGGGUGGGUCAGAAACCGUCAUCAGGUCCAGAUCCAUUAGUGAGCGUGGGCCGGUAGGAGACUUUUUAUAAAAAAUUAUUUUUCUUUUCUUUUUAGCACCUUUAUUUUAUUUUAAAUUUCUGCUUUUAUUUUUGAUUUCUUUAUUUUCUUUUUUUUUUUUACUCGUAAGUUUUUAUAUAAUUUGACCUCAAUUUGUUUUUCCAUUAGUAUUCUUUGGAUUUAUUUUUAUUUAUUUUAUGUACUUUGAUGACUUAACUGUUUAGAUAAUGCCAGUUUCAUGAAGAAAAAAAAUUCAAAUCUGAUUUAAUUCAUCUUAUUUAAAAGAAAAUAAGUUAUUCUGCUUCUGAAAUAGUUUUUAUAGUUAUGUUAUCUGUAAAAUUUGUAUUGAUUAUUAUAAAGAGAAUUAAAACUACUUGAUAAACACCCAACAAAUGAAAGCGCUUAAUUACAACAAUACAUUUUUAUUUAAAAUUCUCUUUACAUCUUGAGAUGUCAAAUGGGUCAAAAGUCUAAACAGUUAUUAAAAAUAAAUAUUAAAAAUAUAACAAAAAUGAAAUGUCUUAAGACAGUACUGUCUUAUGUUUCUUAUUUUAUUUAAUGUAGUCAAGCUAGCGCGAGCUAAUCAGUGAGGCUAACGAGCUAGCCUGCAGCCUGCUGCUUUACAGACUCGUUAACUUCAGUUUUCAGCCGUUACAUUGAUGAAUUAUUUUAAAGUUUUUUGACCGGCCCAUUCCUGCACAAAUGGAUCAGAACCGACUCGGUUUCAUUGCUAAACGUUUCAGCGGUGGAGAUGUAAGAGUUUUUGUUGCAAACCUUAAACUGUUUGGUUUAGAAAAAUUUUACAAAAUUUUCAAAUGAACUGCCAAAAAAAUUUUAAUGUGAAUUAAUUUAUGCAGCAUUUUAUUUUAUUUUUUUAUUUAGUCCAGCGAUUAUGAACCAGUUUAGGAGAGUGACAGUAAAUGUUCUCACUCCAGUGAUGUUAGAUUUUUUUUAGUUUUUAUGGGGAUUUUUUUUUUGUUGUUGUUUGGACUGGAAACGUGAAGGACUUCCUUCAUAUCAAGAUCAUUUAGUUUCCGUGUAAAUAACCCAAACUCCUUGGUAUUUAACUCUUUUAAGGACAAAGCUGCACGUUUUGUACACUGUAUAGAGAACCGACUUCGGAGGGAAGUUGUUUCUACUGGAUCUUUGGUUAAAAACUAAAAAAACAAAAUGAAGCGGAUCGUUAAGUUGCUGAAAAUGGAUCUUCCUCUGAGACGUUUUGAUAACAAUAACAAAGCUAAACUUGGCUGGCUAUGAAUUGACUGUUACAUUGAAAACAUGUUUUUCCUCUUCUUCAUGUGAUGUUUAGCGUUUUGAAUGAUCAGUUUCCAGACAGGAUUAGAAGCACCAACAGUGGGAGACACUGUGCACUCUGCUUACAGCCUGUGAUGUUGUAAAUACUACAUUUUAGAACACUUUUUUAAGUUGUUUCAAGUUUGAUCUGUUUAUUUUUUUUUAUAUAUAUAAAUAUUUAGGUUGGAUAUUUCAUUCACAAAUAAUCAUUUAGUGUUGCCUUUUUUCCCAGUGACCAAAAUCCAAUGUCUUAUGUAUAUUUUAGACAUUGAUCUUCGUGUCAGGGACAAGCAAACAUUUCUUAAUGCUGGCACACGUUGUACAUAGACUUGUUAACGACUCACGAACCUCCAUCUAAUCACACACACACACACACACACACACAAACCAGUUUUUAUAUCAUCAGAACGAGUAUGGAUGCAUGUUUUUUGAAAUAGAUAAAUAUAUAUAUAUGUAUAAACACAUGUAUAGACACACAAGGGCUUUUAAAUUGUAAAAGUUGGGACGUGCAGAGAGGUUUUAAUCAAAGCAGACUGGAUUUCCUGCCAGAGCUAGGCUACGUUUACAUUUGCUGUAGUAUUCUGAAGCCUUCCAGUUAACGUCUUUGCACUCCGCUCGCUCACGUUAACCGACGUAACGACCGACAUCCACACUCCUCUGCUGUCCGUUCCUAACUGCCACGCUGCAAAAACUUCACCAAGGAGGUUUGGUCUAAUGUCUGCUACAAAUACCUCAGAACACAGGAAAUUACGCUAAAAUAACUUAAAAGGAACUUUUUCAAACACAUAGCAGCUUCUUUUAAUUUAAUUUAAUUCCUUAAUAUUGUUAAAAAGUUUUAGUUUCACUAGCAGAUUAUUUCAUGCUAUUAUUUCACUUAUGGUAAAAUGUUUUGUUAAACAUGAAAUAAUCUGCCAGUGGAACUAGAACUUGGUUGCUAGGCGACAGGCUGGGCAUUGCUGAGGUUGCUAGGUUACGACGACAGUAGAACUAGAACUUUCUCUAAUCAAGCUUGUAUUUCUCGGUGAGAAGUUACUCAUAGGUUGGUCUCGUCUUAUUUGGAAGAAAUAAAAAUCCUUUUAUUUCUGUUAACCCAUAAAAACCUUGUUUCUCUCUGAACCCGUCUGAUUCUCCCGCUAAGAUUUACUAUUCAUACAUCCUGUUGUCAAGUUGUUUAGUGUAUUUAUCGUAAAAAAAACAAAAAACUAGUUAAGUGAAAUCUGCAUUUUUCCCCACAUUAUUUUCACUGUGGGUAUUUAUGUAUUUUGAGACAAAUUUGUUGAAAUAUUAAAAAAUGUCGUUAAAAGCGUUAUGUAAAUAAUUUCUUAGUUUCACCUGCAGAUUAUGUGGAAAAAUGUUUUGAACCAUCAGUUUCAUCAAUAUUAAGGAAUUAUUAACUUUAAAGAAAGCUCCUAUAUGUUGCUGAAAAAUGAAAGUUAGUUUUCUUAUUUCAAGUGUACCCAGAUAUUUUCUCUAGGAAUUAGACCAAAACUACUUGGUAAAAUUUUAUGUUUUUGCAGUGAAAUUAGUUUUCCUCUGGUAGAAAUAAACAUCAUGUAUCUCGUUUUUCACUCUGAGCUACAGCCGCUAAGGUUUAUUAUAUCUUUAGGGAUUUAAAAGUUUGUGUUUUUGGUUAUAUAAAAACAUUUAAUGUAUUCUACUACGGGGUUAUUGAAGCUGUUGUAUGUAACUUUAGUAAAAGAAUAUAUAAAUGUUUUGUACUUGUUUGUUGAAACUGUCACUAUGUUGUGACAGUUUGGUGUGAAUUAAUCUGUGAAUUUUUUUUUAGCUCCUCUGCCUUCUCCCAGUGCUAACUGGAAGCAACCAAUAAGGAGCAGGAGGCGGGUCUUAGUGCUGUCAAUAAAUCUCGUGAAUGCUACGCUAGUUAGCUUAGUGACUGAUAUCAGUGGAAAAUUUGUUUUUAUGUAACAAUGAGUAAGAACAUUUAAAAGCGCAUUUACUAGAUUGAUUGUCAGCACUUAGCCCCUCCUCCUGGCUCUGGUUGGUUGUUUUUUGUCGGGAGUUGUACGCUUCUUCAGAUGGCAAUAAUAGCUCAGGGAGGAGAUCAAACGUUUCACAUAUUUUCUGACAACAUGGUGAAAGUUUUAAUAAAUAUGUAAGAAUAUCUAUAUAUAUUUUUUAGGAAGGUUACGUACUGCAGCUUUAAGCCCCGCCUCCUUCAGUCUUUAGUAUCCAACAUUAAUAAUCAUUCAUCUGAUGGACAAACUUAUCAAAUCUGUAGCUGAAUAUUUUUAAGUGCCCAGUUUGUUUUGCAUUGGAGUCACAGACACUGUAAUGCAUGACUGACCGUCACCGAUUCCAGUCAGUGGGAGUGAAUGUGUCAUUUUAUUUCUUCCUCCAGCUAACCGCUGCAUCAACCAACUUGGUUCUCAUAUCACUACAUGGAUCACUUCUAUAUGAUCUUAUGCAAUGUUAAUGUACAAACUAAGUAUGAGGGGAUUAAAGAUAGAUCUAUAUGGUCUUGCAUAAAUAAACCCAAUAAAAAAAGUUGUCAUUCA